UUCCGUGCAGAAAACUCGGAGAAUGAAAACCACGCGCGUGAAGGCUAGCGCGUGCGUGAUAACUGGAGAAUAACAACUUGCGUUGCGUUAAAUGUAAUCGGUUCAAUUCGCAAAAUGGUUCGUAAAUUGAAAUUUCACGAGCAGAAACUCUUGAAGAAAGUUGAUUUUAUUAACUGGGAGGUUGACAACAAUUUACACGAGAUCAAAGUGUUGAGAAAAUACCACAUCGAGAAGAGGGAAGAUUACACCAAGUACAACAAACUUAGUCGAAAUAUCAGAGAACUGGCUCAGAAAAUACGUGACUUGGACGAAAAGGACGGUUUCAGAGCUCAAAGCACGGCCCUUUUUUUAGAAAAAAUUUACAGUGUCGGUUUGAUUCCCACAAAACAGAACCUCUCUCUUGCGAAUGAAGUCUGUGCAUCUGCAUUCUGCAGGAGGCGGCUUCCCUCGAUCUUGCUGAAGUUGCGUAUGGCCCAGAACCUGAAGACUGCCAUAACCUUCAUCGAGCAGGGCCAUAUUCGUGUUGGGCCUGAGAUUAUCACUGAUCCCGCUUUUCUCGUAACAAGGAGUAUGGAAGACUUCGUCACAUGGGUGGAUUCAUCCAAGAUCAAACAACAUGUCCUGAACUACAAUGAGGAGCGAGACGACUUCGACCUCAUCGUCUGAAUUUCCAAACGCGUUGGAUUCCAACCAGAAACGCUCGGCGCGUCAAGAUCAGCUGUUUGUUUGUGAUUCCGCAAAUAACAUGUAUAUAAUUUAUGCCACGUGAGACAAAAUGACCAUCUUGAACCAUUUUCAGUGACUGUGUAUCAAAACAAUAAACCGUUACACUUA